AUGAUACGCGGUCGAGCGCAAGAUGCGACCAAGUCGUCGGGAUUGCUUUCUCGUGGUCCUUCUCAGACUGCAACUUCCACAACGUCAGUAAAAGAAAUUAAGUGGCGGAUACCGGGACCCACUGAAAGCAUUCAUAUUCAGGAUAACAUUCAGCGACACUUAAGUGGGGUUGGUCAGUUGCUGUCCAACAAAUGUGACUAUUUGCGUUUGGAUAUGAUCUUACGAAUUGGACAAAUCACCAUACCUACAAAUUGCUAUACGGCUAUCGCUCACUCACCUUUCCUUCGUCGUCGAUUUGACCAGGUAAUUGACGUGUAA